UGCAGUGUCAUGUGAUCACAACAUACCUGUCACGUGAUUCAGCCCUAGGGCGGUGGGCUUGUGAGUCAGCAGCAUGGAGACUGGAAGUUUAUGUCAUUUUCCGAAAACAGUCUGAUGUACCCAUGAACUCAUUUGGAGAGGAAUAGUUUUGGACCACUCUAUGCCCAACGAAGAGUUCUUAAAGAUAAUAAUGGAGUACUGCAAGUGGCGUGACGACGGAGCCAGUAUGAUCUCGGAUGAUGAGGGGUUUGGAGCUGGCAGUUCUGCCAGUACCUCCCAGCAACAUCAGCAGGUGAAUGCUGAUUCAAUGGAUUUAAUGUUCAAAAGUCAAAAGCAGUGUGUAAAAAACUCUAUAGAGUGCAAAUGGCACCUGGCAGAAGCCCAGCAAAAACUCUGCAGCCUGGAACUGCACAACUCAGAGUCUCUAGAGCAGGAGCAUGCCAAAGCCCAGGCCGAUUCCUCUGAGCUCAGACAGACGGAGCAGGAGUGGAGACAAAAAGAGAAGAUGCUAAUAUGGGGUGAGAGGCAGAACCACUUGCUCAGCAAUGCCUUCAGCAGAGAGGUGUUUGAUAAGAGUUUUAUAAACAUUCAAAGUGGAAACAAAGAAGCAGAUGAGGAUAGAAGCAAAAGCUUUGUACAGCAAUAUGAAGAACAGCUCAAACAUUUUGGCAUGCUAAACAGAUGGGAUGACAGCCAGAGGUAUCUCUCUGAUCACUCUCAUCUUGUCUGUGAAGAGACUUCCAAUUACCUCCUUCUGUGGUGCUUCCAUCUGCAGGCAGAUAAGAAAGAAGCCCUGAUGGAGCAGGUGGCCCAUCAAGCCAUGGCCAUGCAGUUUAUUCUCGAAAUGGCCAACAGCCAUAAAGUUGACCCCAGGGGCUGUUUUCGACAGUUCUUCCAGAAAGCAAAAGCAGGAGAGAAAGGUUAUUUGGAAGCCUUUACAACAGAACUAGAAGCAUUCAAGUGGCGAGUGAAACAACAUUGCAGUGGCGAGAUUUCUGAGGAGAUGCAGCAUCAGAAGACCAUGAAUCGCUGCUGUCUGGAUCCUACGGAAGUCAUGGGAUCGUCGGCACCAAGAGCAUUCCAGCUUCAAGACAGGCAGAUUCUGCAGAAUGUACAAAGUAAUAUGAACCCACAGGUUGCUGAAUAUUAUGUAAAGCGCUGCAUAGAUUCUGGCCUGUGGGUUGUGCCAAACAAAGGAGCAAAAGAGGAUACAGAUGAAACUCGAAUGAUGGAGACUUCAUAGCCAAAGAAUUGUGCUCCACCGCAAUAUGCAGAGGAAUGCUUCCUUAAACAGCGUGGGGUAUGGGAGAGAUUGAAACUAUUUUUGUAUUGGAAUUGGUAUGCGCCUGAAUGAGUGUUGCACUAUAUUUGUUAAAAAGUAUUGAAGAGGAAAGUGUAUUUUGUUGUAUAUUUUUUGCUUUGUUCUUUGUAUGUUAGUUAAAAAAGGCUGCUCUUUCUGUAGGUCCAGAUAGCAUAGUGUUGGUGCUAGUAGGAAGAUUAUAUAACAUUUAUGUUGCCAAUAAAUGGUCUUCCCUCUUCCAUAGGAAACUUUGCAACAAAUGGUUGCAGUUCAUGUGCAGAGCAGCAUCAGAUGAAAUCUGCAGUCAUAAUUCAUAACCUUGUGUCAUUAUAGUUGACAUAGAAACUGUGUCUGCUGAAAAGAGAAGCAACUUUGUAAUGAUGUUAUCAUCAGCAGGUACACUGCAAUUCCAGAUUAAUGGCGCAGAAUUGUGUAAAAAAAACAGCUGUUUCCCCUUUCAAGAUGUAUCCUUUUACACUCCCUCAAUAACUGUAAAAUGUGUGUUUUUUUUUUUUUUUCUUAGAGAUGAAAGUUAGGUACCACACAUAGAUUUAUUGGUAACUUUGUUUUCUACACAAUUGAACCAUACUAUGGAUAUUUAAACUGGUUCAUCUUUUUUGCUCCACUACAUUUUUUUAUCAGUGCAAUUUCAGAACAGAACAAUUUUUAAACAUCACAAAACAAGACUAACAUUAGAAGCUAUUCAGAAAUUAAAGGUUUUUCUUUGAUUUUGAAUUAUUGUUAUUUAAAAAUAACUCCCUUAUUUUGAAAACAAUGGUCACUGAUCCAUCUAUGUGAGUGUCAUUUUUACAUACAGUGUGAUUCACACCAAGUUAUUUUUCAGAGUAACACUAAAGAACGUUACAUUGUUGUUCACAGGUGUUACAGUCCCCUAAUGGUCUAUGAUGUAGACAGAGUGUUCUAUUUCCAGUUUCUGUUAAUGUUUAGGAAUGUUAAGCACAUGCUGUAGGAUACAAUAAAAAGUGUUCAUUAACUUUCAACCCCUACUAUAUCAGAAACUGUUUCAGAUUUCAUCAUUGCAGGAUUACAGAAACUACUUUACUUUAUCUCUUGUGGUCAUGUGACUUUUUUUUUGAUUUUCUGAAAGACCAAAUGCUUCAGAUUUGAUACACUACUAGUGAAUGUUAUGAUUCACUUGGUGAAUGUUAUGAUUCAAAAUUAUGUUUAGUUACUGGUAUUCAUGUUUUUUUUAUUUUCAGUAAUGAAAAAUCCUAGUUUCAGUGUUGUAAGAAGUGCUCCUUUUGUGGUCAUGUUGUAGAAAGUUGCCUUUCAACCCUGUUAUUAUGCAGAUAUGUUUGUAGUCAUGAAAGUUUGGGCUAAAUAAGUGUGUCACAAAGUGAACAAUAUUUAACACAUUAUCCACUUCUAUGUUGAGAUAACGGUGACUACCAUAUACACAAGGCCCUUUAUUUCAGUUUGUUUCCAAAACAUUUCUGGGUUUUUACAAAAGCAUACAUUUUUCAUGUGACUUACUUUGGCAUCUAUAUUUAUAUCAAUACAUUUUUUUUUUUUUUUUAGUGCAACACAAGGCUGUUUAAAGUACUGUGGUACUGAUGCAGAUUAACUUUACCAGCUUUCCAUGGUAUGGUCUCUCAGUUUACAGUAGUUUGCAUUUACAGCAAGAGAAGCACCCGAGUCUGUCCCCCAUUAAUUACCCCCAAUAUUUACCCAGGAAUAACAGGAAACUAAGUUUUAUAAAAUGAAAACUGAAAAUAAAGUGCUCUUAUAUUUA